AUGGAGCCUGCCAAAGUGUCGCAAGACGAGGGCGAUGUGAGCCCAAGAGACCAGUCGCCCGCUGCCCUGGAACAUGUUAGCCCUCUGACAAGCAGAAGUGGUAGCAGGCCACAGACCAGCACAAUCAGCAGGCCGACAACUAGUAGCGUGAGCAGGCGGCGACAGAGCAGCCUCAGCCGGCCAGGCACCAGUGCCACAAGGGCGACAAACAGACAGACCAUUCAGUGGCCUUUUAUGCAUGGAGGAGUGCCCGAAGAUGCAGAAGAAACCAGCCUUGGUUCGCCUUCCUCACAGCGACCCUUGACAUCUAAUCGGGCCCGGCGCGCGACGUGGCAGCACGCGAAACGAGAAUCAACCGCCACUCUUCUGGAUUUCGUACCGGACUACAUCAUCAACUACUUGCGCGGCGAGACGCCCGAGACCCUGGCGCGCAAGAGAGAAAAGCAGAACACGCCCGACCCUGAGGAUGUUGCAGCCGCCUUGAAACAGCGCUUCGGCCCUGAUGGCUUCUUCGACAAUGGCUCGACUGUGAGCCGGCUAGACUCCGUUGCUUCGCAUGAUGACGUUGAGCAGAUGCUGGGCCCCGGAGGAGGCUGGAGCGUACGGUCAGCACGCGGCUUUUGGGCCUCUUUAGACGGCUGGAGGGGCGGCAUCGCUGUCCACGUUGCCAUCGCUGGUGUCAUCCUUCUCACGACGAUCAUAUUCUUCGUCAUUACGAUGGCUAUGGAAAACGGCGGGAAGAGCCGCAUCUUUGAAGGAUCCUGCGAUGCAGCUCAACACCUCAACUUUGGCUUGCACGUCGCCAUCAACUUCUUCAUUGUAGCCCUUCUAUUUGGCGCCAACUACACCUUUCAAGUGCUGAGCAGCCCCACUCGCGUUGAAGUCGAGCUCGCUCAUGCUGGGCAGAAGUGGCUCGACAUUGGCAUCCCGUCUUUGAGGAACUUCAAGUUCAUUUCAAAACGACGCGCCGCCUUGGCUGCCAUCCUCCUCGUGCAGCCAUCUCCACCCAAGUAA